AAGAGUGAAAUUCAAGUUACACUUGACAAUGACAUUGCUACUUGUGGUAACAAAUUAACUAACUAAUUUACAGAGUAAAGUCGUUGCAAAUAAAUUAAACAAAUUGCACCAAUCUCAAAGAAGCUUCUCUUCUCUUCUGAAAUUUCAACCAUCAUCUUCUUCUUCUUCUUCCCCUUUCCUUACCACUUCAGUUUAGUUCUACAAUAUCUGUAGCUGCCCCAUUUCUCUUACAAACCAGCAGAAAUCUUGAGACUCUACCUGCAAAAUUUUGAUGGACUUUUUUUUAGUAUUUUGCUCAUGAUUACACAAUUAUUUAUGUUGUUGAUGUGUGUGCUGUGAAAUGAGAAUGAUCAAGAGAAAAAUCCUUACCUUUGUUUCUCUGCACGUUCUUGAAUUUUGAGGAAAGUUUUCUUGUUUCUCUCUGGAUUUUGUGAAGUCAGUAUUCAAACAAGGGAGGCUGCAAUGGUCAGUGUUCAGAUAUAGUCUACACCUUUAUCCAUCUUCCCUUCUGUUUUUUCAAAACAUGAGUGGUAAAUUCUACUGCAAAACCUCUAGAUUCUCUGCUUCUUCUGAUGCCUCAAAAGCCUUGAUUUACUGAUAUUUCCACAACCAAAAAGAUUGAAUCUUUGCUCACCAUUCAAGAACCCAAAAUUCUACUGCAAAAACCUCUAGAUUCUCUAAUUCUUCGGUUGCCUUCAAAAGCCUUGAUUUACUGAUAUUUCCACAUCAAAAAGAUUGAAUCUUUUGCUCUCCAUUCAAGAACCCAAAACAGCCUACUUUCUUCCUUCAAGAACCACCGAUGGCCGAUAUCACCGACGCGGACAGCCACGUUGUUGCUGCUUCGUAUCACCUGAUGAAGGCCCUUCAAGCAACCAAGCUCAUGAGCAGUGAUGUGAGGGGGAUUUUGGAAAAGCUCGACUUCCAUUUGUCUACAAUGAUCAAGCUCAAUGAAGAUGAGCCGGAUGGGGAUAUCAUCACAGAGCUCAAAAAGAGGGUCGUCUCGUCCCGCGAAACCAUCACAAGUCUGCACUCAAGCUAUUCGAAGAUCUGGGCUUCCGGUCCAGUGAUAAUCUUGGAAUACUUGGAAGCAGUUGGCGAGGUGCAGAGAUCGAUUGAGGCUCUUGAAGGUAUGCCGUUGAGUCGAAUGAGUAAUGGGGUUCUUGAUCAAGCAAAAACUACUCUGCAUAUGGCUAUGGACAGGCUCCAAAAUGAGCUGAUCCACAUACUUGUGCAGAACAAGCAGUGUUUCGAGCAUGAAUACCCGGUUUUCGAAGUGUAUCCCAUAUACGAGGAGUCUGUCAUCUCCAACGAAGAUGAUUCGGUCGAGGACGCGUCUCUCAGGGGCCGUAGCAGCUCAGAGACCGAGGAUUGCACGAUGGAUCUGAUCCAUCCCGAUGUGGUUCCUCAAAUCAAGUCCAUCGCGGAUACAAUGUUUGCCUCGGGCUAUGCUCAGGAGUUCUGUCUGCCAUUCACCGCGUUCUGGAAGGAUGUAUUAGCGGAGUACUCGAUGAUUCUCUAUGUGGAGCAGCUUAGCAUAGAAGAUGUGAAGCGGAUGGAGUGGAAGCACUUGAACUCGAGGAUCAGGAAAUGGCGUGUGGCGAUGACGAGAAUCAUCGGCAUCUAUCUUGGCAGCGCAAAACGGCUGUUCGACCAAGUUCUUGGAGAAUACGACCAGGUCAGCACAGCUUGCCUGAUCGAGGCUUCAAGGGGACCUCUCUUCUGUCUCUUGAAUUUUGGUCAAGCUGUGUUGAUUGGACCCCAUGAGCCCGAAUGGCUCUUCUGCUUGCUCGAUAUGUACGAGGUUUUAGCUGAUCUCGUCCCGGAUUUGGACGCUCUGUUCUCACAAGAGACGGAGUCGUUGAUCAGGAUUGACUUCCACGAGCUUCUGUUGCAGCUAGGAGAAUCUGUUAGAGUCAUCCUCAACGAGUUCGGAAACCGCAUUGCAACAUGCACUUCCACAACCCCGUUCCAAAAUGGAGGGAUUCAUCCCCUAACAAAGUACGUUGCCAACUACAUCUUGUGCUUCGCUGAAUAUGAGGAUACGCUUCCUUUGCUUCUUCAAGAUCAAGAACACGACAGGGAGAGUGGAGACAAAGAGCACAACAUGGAUGCCGAGGCAGAUCCCAAUCCAGCUUGUGCCUUAGCAAUUUACCUGCAGUCACUCACAUCAAUUUUAGAAGCAGCCUUAGAUGAGAAAUCGAGUUUAUACAGAGAUUCUUCAUUAAAGCAUAUCUUUUUGAUGAACAAUUUCCAUUACACAGUUGAGAAGAUCAAGAAUUCCAAAAUCAGCCCCUACUUUGGUGAUGAUUGGAUCAGAAAACACUAUGUGAAGCUCCGGCAGCAUGCAAUGUAUUACCAAAGAACGACGUGGAGUUCAUUACUGACCUUUCUCCAUGACGAUGGGAAAGUCGGGAAGGCAACUCUAAAGGCGAGAUGCCAAGAUUUCAACACUGCUUUUGAGGAUCUGUACAAGAGCCAGACAAGAUGGGUUGUCCCAGAUCCUCAACUCCGCGAAGAUGUGAGGAUAUUAGCUUCCAAGACAGUCAUCCAACCGUAUCGCAACUUUGUCAGUAAGAUCAGCAGUUCUAUUGGCGAAAAGCACAUCAAGUACACCGAACAGGAGCUGGGAGUGUACAUCAUGGAUCUUCUUGGAGGCUCAUCGAAGUCAUUGAGCCAUUCUUGGAAAAGGUGACACGGAUGAUUUCAAAUGCGUUCAUUCUUCCUAGUUUUUACUAUUCUUUUGUUUGUUGUUCUGUAGUAUGUAUGCCUUCUCAAUUUCUAACGCUCUAAAUGUUGUAACGUUAGCUGUAUAUUAUACUCCGGGUUACACCCUCC